GUCAGUACCAUUCGAGGUUUGAGGGAGGGUGGACGUACUUGUGUCGCCGCCCAUACACGAUUCCCAAAUAGACUGUAUGGGAAGGGUGCGGAGAACCUGAUACAUUUACCGCGUACUGAAGUGUUCAAUAUUGAUCCGGCGGCGUUAGAAGAGCCCUAGUUGAGAAAAAAAUGCCUGGGUAUUGAUACAAGAAGAGAAAGAAACUGCUCCUACCUCUGCUUUUAUUGCUACUGCUACUGCUGCUGUUGCUACGUACUCUAUUUUGAGUAUCAUGACAAACUUGUGUGUGAAGUGAUCAAUUCGUCCCCCGCCCUCAGAUCAUGUGUCGUGGGUGGAGGGAUCAGGUGGAGGACGGUGCUGGUGGUGGUGGUGGUGCGGCUAUUCCGGAGGACCUUACUCAGCCACGGGCGCGAUGGGUAUGCUUGGUGCCCAUCCGCUACAUGGUGGUGGUGUUGGGUCUGCUGGGCUGUAUGUUGGACUACCUCAUGAGAUUUGGCCUCAGUGUUGCAAUCAUCGCCAUGACCAACUCCACGCGCCCCGUCAGCCAGAACUUCACGCCCGACCACGCCUGUCCAGCAGCCGUCAAUGGAUCUGAUGAUAUUUAUCCAGUGCCUACAGUUUUAGUAACUUACGUCUUGGCCACACCUCAGGGCACUGGUGACUUUGCAUGGACAGUGAAGGAGCAAGGGAUUAUCCUGGGUACCUUCUUCUGGGGCUACUUCUUCACCAAGACAAUAGGAGGGCGCAUUAGCGAGUUGAUGGGUGCCCGGGAGACCAUGGCGGUCAGCAUUUGGGUGUCUGGAGUACUGUGCCUGCUGACACCCACCAUGGCCGCCAUCCACCCCUUGGCACUGGCCACACUGCGCUUCGCCAUGGGCAUCAUGCAAGGCCCUGCUUUCCCCUCACUCUACUGUGUACUGGCCAGGUGGGCGCCUCCAGAGAAGCUAGCAACCAUGACCACUAUCGCCUUCUCAGGAAUGUCACUCGGCAGUGUUAUAGCCAUGGGCAGCUCCCAGUGGGUGGUGGACCACCUGGGGUGGCAAUGGGUCUUCUGGGGUGCCGGUAUCCUUGGCCUCAUAUGGACACCCUUCUGGAUCUACUUUGUACGCAACUCUCCAUGCAGUCAUCCGCUCAUGUCUCUCCAGGAGCAGGAGUUGUUGGCACCAAACCUGGCCAUCAAGCCCAAGCGCAACGUGCCUUGGAGUCGCCUUCUGCGGUGCUGGAGGUUCUAUCCGGCCAUCCUGGCAGAGUUUGCGUCUUCAUGGCUUGCCAACCAGACCACCAAUCAGGGCCCUUCUUUCCUCAAGGCACAGGUUGGCUUCACCAUGGGAGAGGUGAGCUUUGUGCUGACAGUAGGACAGACCUGCUGCUGGGUGACUGCCUUCACUUUUGGUCAACUAUCCGACUGGCUGGUGCAGGGCGUCCACCUCAAGAAGGUCAAUGCACGGCGGGUCAUUCACCUCAUAGCUAUGGUGAUGAUAGUGCUGGGCCUGGGCAGUGUGGUGCUUGCUGGCUGCCAUAAAUGGGUUGUUUCUGCCAUGAUGAUGAUCACAAUGAUGGGUAGUUCAGCCACCCUCUCCUCCUUCACUCUCACUCCUAUGGACAUAGCUCCAAACUAUGCAGGAACACUGUCAGGCAUGCUGGGUAUUGGUAACAUUGGAGGCUUUCUAGCACCAAUUAUAGCUGCUGAGAUUGUCACACAGACUGGUGGGUGGGAGGCAUCCAUGCUGGUGUGUGGAGCUGUGUACUUCCUGGCUGGGGUGUUGUACCUGGUCACUGCCACUGCUGACGUGCAGGAGUGGAAUGACUAUGAGGAACUCCCAAGCUCUGAUGAAGGGGAAUGAUAUGUGUAGUGUAUUCAUGCAGGUUUUGAAAGACCAAAGACACUGAAACCCCAACAGAAUGGAGAGAAGUGUUAUGCAGAUUAUUUAGUGCACAUUCAUAAUGGUUAGCAGACACUAUGAAAUGUCAGCUAGACACAGUCAGGCAUAAGCAUUAGUUGUGGUAUGUAAUGUGUAAGCAUGUCAGACAUUCCUUCAUAGCAUCUGUUAUAUCUCAUCCCAUACAGUGACAGGUGUGGAGUGACAUUUUCCCAUUUAUUUAUAGAUGCAGUACAUCAUCUCUUCAUGUUCACGACCCCACAUUUGUUAUGCCAGUUAGCAUGAUCUCCAUUUACACAAACAUAAUAAUCCUAUCUGAAUCUGUAUAUGUAUAAGGGUAUGCCAUAUUCACAAAACAUUAUAUACAGGAGUUAACCAUAUAUGUUUGUAAUAAAUAUGUACUUUCUUUAAAUUUGUUAUUAACUAGUGCUCAUACCAUAUCCUAAGCUCUUCAGUGCUUCGUGUUGCAGUUAUAUAGAACUAUUUUCAAUAGCUAACCUUGAUCACUCACCCUUCAUUCACCAAUUAAUGCCUGUGUUGAUGUCACUGUGUGGUGGCUGCAUUUGAUGACCAAAAAAUGUACAGUGCAGCUUGAUAA